AUGGCGAAACCAAAAGUCGUGGUGACGCGCCAGUUGAUCGACGAAGCUCAGACAAUACUCGAUGGAAAGAAAGAAGAUCUCGAAAUCGUACAAUGGAGUUCAGAAAAGCCAUGCCCGCGCUCCUGGCUUCUCGAAAAUGCUCAAGGAGCAACAGGAAUACUAGUCAUGCUUUCGGAUCAAGUGAAUGAGGAACUCGUACAAGCGGCUGGACACCAGCUCAAAGCCAUCGCUUCCUUCUCAGUCGGCACAGAUCACGUGGACCGCGAAGCGCUAAAGAAACGCAACAUCCGUCUUGGAUACACACCGACAUGUCUUACCGAUGCUGUCGCCGACCUCACUGUCAUGCUCAUCUUGAUGGCGCAGCGACGAGGCGGCGAAGCAAUCUCCAAAGUCACCAAGGGCGAAUGGCCGCAAAUGCCAUGGCAUCCUCUACUCAUGACCGGCCCACAGAUUCGGGGCGCGACGGUCGGUUUCCUUGGGUUCGGGCGAAUUGCGCAGGCGAGUCUGGUCAGGUUGAUGGGGUUCGGGAUCAAGAAGGCUAUUUACCUGACCUCAAAACCUGGAAAGUCGGUUAAGGAAGAUCAUUUCGGAUUGCUAAAGGAGGGAAAGAUUCCCAUCGAGCCGGCGCAAAGUGCAGACCAACUGGCCAGCGAAAGCGAUGUGGUGGUUGUUGGCUGUGCACUUACGCCAUCUACGAAGCACAUGAUCAGCACCGACUUCUUCAGCAAAAUGAAGAAGCUCGCCGUCAUCGUCAACAUCGCGCGAGGCCCCGUCAUUGAUACAGAUGCGCUGGUCAAGGCGCUAGAUGAACAGCAGAUCUUUGGAGCUGGGCUAGAUGUCAUUGAGAACGAACCCAAUAUUCAGGCCGAUCAUCCGAUUCUGAAGCAAGAAAGAUGUGUGCUGGUACCCCAUAUUGGGAGCGCGACGAUUGAGACGAGAGAGCAGAUGGCGACUGAGUCGGUGAAGAACUUGCUAGCUGGGAUUGAGGGAAGUGAGAUGGUCAAUGAGGUGGAGCUAUAG